AUGGACCCAUCAUGGCAAGAGGAUGCGCGUCGCGCUGUGCGCAUGGGGCUUCUCUUCGCAGAGCGCAGCAUCGACGCCGUGCUACCUCCGGCAUGCCUCGCAGAGGCUGCAGCUGGCCUUCCACCGCCCGGCAUCGAGGAUGCGCGCACAGUUUCCCAGGUCCGCCGCGAGGGAUCUCGGCCAAACCACGCAGUGGGCUCCCCUCGGCACAAGCUCGCGAUGCCCCUAAACCUCCUGCAGUCCCUGCUCGCCCUCGCCUGGCACGUGCUGCACUUCCAAGAUGCGCUACUGGGGCAAUCGGCGCAGCGCCGCCAGCCAUCACCACACGGAGCUUUGCACUUGGGGAGCAUCGCGGCGCCAGUGGACCUCCACCCCGAGUACGUCCACCCCUGCAAGCAUCUCGUACUUUGCAGUCUCGUGAAGGCUGUGGCCGCGCUCGCUCCCGCAGUCCAGCCAAAGAUGGCAGCUCGCCCUCCUUUAGGAGGACGAGGAAGUAGCACCGGCACACCUUCGCAGCCAGCUCCGCUCACAGUAUUUCGGUCUGCCCAAACAGCUACUCAAGCGGUUACUCGGAAGGGCACGGCCAAGCAGAAGCGAGCCAACCUUACCACCGUCUCUGCUUCCCCCACCUCACCGACAACUUUGAAGCCUGCGACCUCACCUCCAUUGCGUCUGCCGGCAGGGCUACACAUUAUCGGCUUACCCCGACGGCCCAACAUCAGUCAGUUGGAGGCUCUUCUGAGCCAUGUGGCGGGAAUCUCGCCCUCACUGGCUGCUCUGGAGCCCAGCUUCCAGCUUGCGCAGACCCGACGGAGUUCUCGCAAGUCCCCGGCUUUCUUCUUGUCGCACGUCGCCUUCGCCACGCCGGGCCUGGCCGACCGCAUCCUGAAGGAACUCCUGCCAGCGGCGAGCCAGGACCAGCAUGGUCGAGCCAAGCUUGCGUCUCCUGUGGGUACCCUCAAAAUCUCACUGGCCAGGAGGUCAGUGACACCGGCGCUGCCAGCGCCCGAAGUCGACUCCUCAACCAACCCAGCCUCUUCGUUCCCAGCUGCGGAGCUCGACCCGCCUGAUGAAUCUGGUCCCUCGGUCUUCUUGGGGCUUCGCCUGGUCCAAUUCACAGCGGGUGCUUCGGAAGAGGGCUGGACAUGUGUGUGUUGUCGAGACGACAUCCUGGCCACUGACAAGCUCGUACGACUGGAAUGCCUCCACGUAGUACAUUCAGACUGCCUUGAACGUUGGCUCAACGCCCCGCACGCUCGAGGUCGUUGCCCGGAGUGCAACGCUCCAGUACUUUAA